UAAGGACGGACCGGGGAGAUUCGCGUCCGACGCGAAGAACGGGACCGUCGUUGACGCGUGACCUCCCCGUGCGGACGUCGUCCACCGUCGCCGUCGCGGUGGUCUCUGGACGGCCGAGCGGACGGACAGGCCGACACCGGCCAGGACUGUCAUCGAUCGCCAGGAAAAACGGUAUCACAGGUGUUCGGCGGGCGAGCACGCGAUCGACCGGGCCAGCCAGACCCCGUUGUUGAACACUGAGAAAAAGAUCUCACGAUCAGAUAGCGGCGGAACGUGUUCCGAUAGCGAUCAGGCGAGAUCCGACCUGCUGGAGCCCGCAGCGACAAUGACACGCGCAUCUCACGCGCGAGCAAACCCGCCGACGACGGGUGUCCGUGAAGCCGAGCGGUCGGUCGGGAGGGAGCACCGGCUCUACGUCUGAGGUCCGAUUCGGCCACGAGGAUCCCCCCGAGCGAUCUAACCGGUCGUAAUAUGAAAUCGAUCGUGCUCGGGGGGAAAAGGAGAGAGGCAUGUAUCCGAUAACCUUUUUCAAUGGGAGGUGCCACCGGAAACAGUUGAUUCCUUUUCAAGACGAUCAACGAUCAGCGAUCUCAGAGCAGCGAUCGGAUGAUCGAGAUUCUUUCGACCUUCGCAGGCAAUAACAAUCGAUAGUGCGCCGCGUAACUACUUGUAUUAUUGAUCUCAAGCCACGAAAGCCCUCUGGUAAACCUAACGAGGCGAUCGAGGCGAUAAUUGCAGCUCUAAAGAGGAGAGAAAGAAGAAGAAUAAUUCUAGCGGUGCUAAUUAGCCGCAUUUCGAUGCUAUUUGCCUAAAUUAGGAAGAGACGCAAUUAGGAUCGACAUCGACUGCCAGGACGACGAGGACAGGAUGACGAGGACAAUGCAGAAGUUAGCGGUGAUGACCGCGAUGCAGAAGGCUCAUCAUAACGGCAGCAAUGCUUACGGGGAUGCGAGUAGCGCCUCGCCGGAGUAUAACGGCUCCUCGUCGACCAGCAAGAGCGGCGGCCGUUUCGACGCGGAUCUGCACGGCAAUGUUAACAUCCUUCUUGGCGGCGCCAUGAUCAGCGGUGUGAUCAUGAUGGUGGUGCUCAUAUGCUACUGCUGUCACAAAAACGUCCGGAAGCAUCGACCACAGGAGUACUCGCAGUACUGGAGGGCCGAGCCGGACAUUCACAGUCUGGAAGUCUUCACCAUGGACACGCAUUGCAUCGAGAGAUCGACAUCUCAGGCCCAUCAGGAAGAGGGAGUGCCUACGUCUGUUCCGCCCGUGACCUCGGGCCCGCCGCCGGCCUACGAAAGCCUCAUCUUCGACCCUCGGGCACUGCCCUCGCCGAUCGACAAGAAGGACGAAUCUGACGAUCCCGGCAGUAUUAUCUCGCCCCCGAUAAGCAACUUGCCCACCGAGUCGGAAGCCAAUAGGAUCAACAAGCGGGAGAAUAUCCCGAGGGACGAUCAGGGUUUACCUUCCUACGAAGCCGCCCUAAAAUUAGAAGCUGACGGCUAUGUUUAAACAGCGGAUAAACGCAGAUUUACUUCGAUCGCGAAUCUUCAAUCAUGAAAACUUCCAGGCUCCUAGGUGAAACGUUGUUACGGAUAUCAAGGAAAAAUUUUAUAAUCGAUAAGGUGACUAAGCUGUGGGCGAUCUCGCAAAAGCGUCUGUGAAAGAACGUCGUUCUGAACGGUGUAAAGUGUUGAGAUUGUUAUCGAGGAAAUGGAGGAAAAAAGAAAGAAGAGAUAGGCGGCCGAGUAAAUUUUCUAUGUAAAUUUGUAAACCAAAGGUGAAAGGAAUUUCUAGCGCAGUUUUGGAAAAUGUUAAGAAACUGUUAAGAAACUGCGCUUGAAUUAAGACGCAUAAAAGUACGAAAUAAUUUUAAUCAAAGAGAUGAGAAGGAAAAGAAGUUCUAAAAGAGAUUUAAUUUUGGACUUAAGAAAGAGACACUGCGCGUUAUACUAAGAAAUAUUCUAAAAAUUUUGGAAUAUUAUUUCACUCUGCCUUCUUGAAAGAUUCCAGAUAAUUUUUAAUAUUAGAAUGGUAGAAUAAGAAGUCAUACAAAAAAAAAUAAAGUGCCUGAACAUACAUCCUUUUCCCGAAACAUGUGUAAACGGAAGACAAGAUGAAAGAAAAGCGAUGAAGCAAUUUUUCGAAAGUACGUACUGUUUUUCUUUCCGUCUUGUCUGAACAAAAUGACAACACGUAAAAUCCUCGAGAAAGAGACUUUUCAUAGACAAAACGCAAUUUUCAAAAGAUGCAAUAUCUCGACUUUUCUAUUUUUCGAUGAUCUCUAUGAUUAAAUGCGUCUGUAAUUGUUUAAAUGUAAGAAAGAAAGCGUCAUACAUGAAGAGAAUUUUCUCCUAAACUUUAUUCUUGAAAACACGGUAAUCGUAGAACUAUAACAUCGAGGACUUUUAUAAUAAUUUUAGCAAAAUGUUACUAAAAUUAUAUUAAAAUUUGCACUUUUGCUAUAAUUAUAAUGAAAAUUUUAGUAGAAUUCUUUAAAGUCCAUGUUGUUCUAUGAUUACCAUGAUUGUAAGGGUAAAUUCUAAGAAAAAAUUCUGUGUAGAAAUAUACGUAUAUAUAUAUAUAUAUAUAUAUAUAUAUAUAUAGAUUUUAAAUUUAGAAUGUGCCGAAAUGUAGCACAAGUUAAUGUCAGUAUAUAAAAACGGUACGUAAGUUGUAGUUACAGGCAAUGAAUAGAAAGACCCAAUUUCAGAAGUAAUUACAUUUUAUAGAUCUUAAGAAGGGGAAUAGUUAACGGCAUAUUUUUCCCAGUCGGUCAUUAGUUUAAGAGAGCAAGAGCGGACAUACAAACGAGCAGCACCGUUAGAUUACAGUUUCCGUUUGAAUAAACAAUGCGCAUUGCUAUAAAGUAAAUGAUACUUCGCGUAAUGGGCGCACGACAUUUCGCGGAAUUUAUGCGCGUUUUCGCUAGGAAAGCGUUUCAAAACAUACCAUUUUACAUAGAACUCUAUUCUGUAAAAUAGAUGAAUAUGUAAAUAAAUAGCUGUGCAUUCAAUAUGCAUUUUCAAGCGUGCACCGGCGUAGCCGCAAUGACGAUUUAUCAUUAUGUCGACUGCAUGAAUAUUAAACAGCAAGUAUUAUUAUCGAUGAAGUUGUGCUUAACACGAAGGCCGAUACAUUAAUUUGAUUCAAUUGCAAAUGUAAGAUUUCGCACUUUUAGUUCGAAUGCGCGAGUAAGAACUUUUUUUCAAUUUCUAUCAACUACAAUUGCACAUAGAAAAAUAUCAAUUCUAUUACAACGAAAAAGAAUUACUGCUAAGAAAAAUAUUAGUUACGACUAUAUUUAACGGAGAAUAUUUUCUUGAUAAUAGUUUUAAAGUAUACUCAUAUCAUAAAUUUUAGAAAAACUCGUCAUGUAUAUAUAUAUAUAAUAUUCAAAAAUAAUAUAAAGAAAGAGAAAGAACUCUUUCGAAGAAUAUUAUAAAAUUUGAAUUUUUUUACUUUUUUCUGGGUGAUUUAGUGAUGCGAGUUAGCAGCGGUAUUAUUAUUGAAAUUAAUUUUUAAUUUAAUUAUGUGAUAAUACUGUUUUAGUUCAUUUUCAAGAGUUGUGUUUGAAACCAAAAGCAACGUAGUUCGAAUGAAUUGGAAGCUGUAUGUAAAUGUUACAUAUGAAAUAAUAUUUCAGCAUUAAGAUUUUACUAUGAUCGAUUUUACCUGGCCCAUCUUCUAUUUAAUUUGUUAUAAAAUUUUAUUGAACAAAAGUCAAAAUAAUAAAUAAAUCGCAUUUUUAUUUUAAUUUAGGUACUAUUUUUAAUUGAAAAUUAAACUUACUAGGAGUCAGAAUAUUUUCAAAAAAUUUGAUAAACUUAAAAUAAAUUUGCGAAUAUAUGAAUUUAUAUGAAAUACUUGAAAUAAGUAAUAUUUACAGUAGGGUAACUCCAUUAUACGUGUCUAUCAAAAACUUUAAUUUAUCUAGUUAUUAUUUACUAUGUAAGGAAAAUGAACCUUAUCAAUAAAAACUUAUUUAUGUUCUUAUAUUUAAAAAAAAA